GUUUCUUUCGUUCUGUCAAAAGACUGGCUAGGAACAAACGCGAAAAUAGAACGAUAUAGGUUCUGAUGGAGAAUCGUAUGUCCAAUAAUCCUCAGUUUCGCUUACUGAUCAUGCCUGUCUUCAGAACGAGUCAGAUCACUAUGAAAAUCCUUCACGACCUCUAGAAAAGAACGAGAACAUUGGAUGACAGAACCGCAGUCUUUAGAUCGCCAUUAUUUGCCCAGGGGGGUCGUCAUGCUGGUUGCCACGAGCUGCGUAUCUGUUAAAUCCUCGACAGGCUCCACAGACCUUCAUUGAAGUUCAUUCACCUUCGGAUCUCGAGCGUAGAUGGAUUGUAGAAAAAGACGUCUCACCUCGGUCAGCGGUCGAGGAGAGGCAAGAAAGAUGAAGAUGGUUGUGGAGAUGACGGUCCAGAGGGAAGUAAUAUCCCACUUCAAUCUCGCCUACGAUGGCUAAAGAAUCUCCGAUGGAGCAUGUGAAAGGUUCAUUUUGCAUCAUAAAGAUCAUCAUGGAAUCUCAGAUCAUCUUCGAGCGGGAGGGCUUGCACAUCAGGGAAGAUCAGGGAAGAUGAUUUGGGCAGGUGGCUGUGGGGAUUUGGUGGGAAAUGCGGGCCUGAUGACCGUCGAAGCCAACAGCUUUUCGGUUUUUCUCCCAUGCCGAAAUAAUGGUUCAGUUUCAUGGCUUCCGUGAUUUUCCCAUGCAUGGCCACUUCUGCGGCCUUGCCGAAAGCCGAUCAUUCAAUCGCAAUGGUUCCGAACCGCCGUUUGGACAAGAUUGCGAGCAAGCCGAGUGGAGCCGAGCUUCUGAGAUUCUGCGACUGCCGGCGACCUACUAUUUCCAUCCAGUUGAGGCGAAUGCAGGAGAGUCUAUAAACUUUAGAGUUCUAUAGUUGCUGAUUUGAAUCAGACCCGCGGCAGGCUCAUUUGAUUCAGCUGCGAACGAGGCGAUGAGACUGGUAGUCCUCUUUUCUAUGGCUUCUGUUAUCCGAUUUACGCAGCUUAGUUGAACCUUUGAUUGUCAAUAGUCAGCCUUAAAAGUCAGGGGUUCUGGCCCUUUUAUCAUAACGGCUUCCAGAGACCCGCCAGCUUUGUGCCUAAUAAUGACCUCAACCAUCGACACUGAAUCCCAGCCAAGCUUCAAGCGUGUUUAUUCAGACUUGGACGAGCCUGCUGCCAAUGCUCCGCCUCUUGGUGGGCAGUAUGCACUAUCCCAGAUUUUACCCAUAAUCGGCGCGCUUUGUCUGGCGCUUUUUCUCAGUGCGUUUGAAUUGAGUGCAGUUUCAACUGCUUUACCGACCAUCGUUGAUUCCAUUCCGGGAUAUCGUGCUCAAGACUUCAUAUGGCUGGGUUCCGCUUACUCUCUUGCUGCGACAGCCUUCCUUCCGCUCAGUGGGGCCCUCGCACAGGUCUUUGGAAGGCGUCCCGUCGUCCUCGGGUCUCUUGCUCUUUUUACUCUCGGAAGUGCACUAUGCGGAGCGGCAAAGGUUGAGGCGCACAUUCUUGCAGGAAGAGCUAUUCAAGGUGUCGGAGGAGGAGGUAUACACUCCAUGUCCUACAUCGUUCUCGCCGAUCUCGUCCCAUUGCAGAAACAAGGCAAAUAUAACGCGUUUAUUGGACUGACUUGGAGUUUUGCGUCGGUUCUGGGACCAGUAUUGGGUGGCCUCUUAGCUCAGAGAGGAGCGUGGAGGUGGUUGUUCUAUCUCAAUAUUCCAGCAUGCGCCAUUGUCGCUCCUCUGGCCAUUCGAUACCUCAACCUGAAAACUCCCAAGGAGUCGCUGCUUUCCAAUUUGAGACGGCUCGAUUUCGUUGGCAACCUUGUGGUUGUCGGGAGCACGACUGCUUGCGUCCUUGCACUUGCGUGGGCCGGAUCAUCAUUCAGCUGGCAUUCAGUUCAGGUUCUCGCCCCAUUAUGCCUCGGCUUAAUGGGUCUCAUCGCCUUUUUUGCCUACGAAGCCGUGUACGCGAAGCAUCCGAUGGUACCGUCUUUACUGUGGUCUAAUCGCACAAGUAUCAGUGGCUAUAUCCAAACCUUUGUCCUCCAGGUGACACUCCUGUGCCUCAUCUACUAUCUUCCCGUGUAUUUCCAAGCUUGCAAGCUAGCGUCACCCGUCAAAUCGGGUUUGGAUCUAUUUGGGCUCGCAUUGACCAUCGCUCCAGUCUCUAUCGUGGUUGGUCUUAGCGUCGCCAAGUUCAGAUGUUACCGACCUCAGAUUUGGGUUGGGUGGUCCAUCAUGAUCCUUUCGAUGGGCCUGCUCAGCACCGUUAAGGAGACUAGCGAUAUUUGGCUCUCCAUCGGUUACACAAUUAUCCUCGGCGCGGGAAUAGGAACGGUAUACACAACAUCGGUCUUUCCUGUCCUUGCACCAUUACCCGUCUCUGCGAACGCUCAGGCACUUUCUCUCGUGAUGUUCCUGCGCUUGUUUGGGCAGGUAUGGGGAAUCACGAUCGGCGGGGUGAUCUUACAGAACGGUCUCGCUGAUCUCCCGGCUGAAGUCGUAGCAGUGCUUCCCCCAGGUGGAGAUAUAGCAUACGGGUCUAUCGCUGUGCUACCAGUAAUGCCGCUUGUGCUGCAAGCCGAGGUACGGUCGCUCUUCGCGAGUUCAUUGAGCACACUUUGGCAGGUCAUGGCUGGACUUUCUGGGAUCGGGCUUCUGUCUUCUUUGAUGAUGAAAGCAGUACCAAUGCACACAUAUACUGACGAAAAAUGGGGUGUUGCUGAGGAUGAACAGUCUUGCAUUGAGACAACCCCUUUCGUAAUUCGCAAUUCGCAAAAAAAUGACCUGUAGUGCU